AUGGAUCCAGAAUCGAGUCAACGCCAAUGCGCAUCUUGCGAGGAGCUUGAGCCGCAGUUCAACCUCACAGUCAUCAAAGAAAACGUUCUCCGCCCACUCUGCACCGAUUGCUUGCUCAAGGAGCAACGUAAGCUCUUCUGCCCUAUUUGUCUCGAACUCUACGCCGGCCCACCUCCUCUAGAAGCUACGAGAAUCUGCAUCCUCUGCCCUUCCAUCGCCCACCUCCACUGCUCUCCUCCUUCGCCUUCCUCCUCCCGCUCAUCCUUCUCCUACCAUUUCUUCACUUGCCCUCUAUGUGUGAACCCUAACUUCUCCUUCCUCCCCAAGUCUCUUGCUACGACCUCUGACCAAAGCGGAGACAAUGAUGAUGAUGAUGACGACGACGACGACGACGACGUCGACUUACAAAAGGCCAAGGCUCUUGUCGCGGCGGCGGAGAUCGUGGUGGCUUGUACGGAGAACGCGGCGGCUCAGUUAAAGGAAGAAGCGGCUAACAAGAGCAUCGAAGCUGAAGAAGCCAAGAAGAAAGCUAAAGAAGCAUUGGAGUAUCUUGAGAACGUGAAAGAAAAAGCUGAGGAGAAGAGAAAAGCUAAGAAGCCGAAGCUACAGUGA